AUGUGGUUUUAUGGCCCCCGGGGGCGACCGCCGCGGGGACUCAGUCUCAGAGUAACUGAGGCACGAGUCGAGUACUUAGGUCUUUACCUCGACCCAAAAUGGCGCUUCAAAGAGCACUUUGCUCGUCUGGCUCCCAGAGUUCGGAAGGUUGCCAAGUCGUUGACGCGUUUACUUCCGAACCUUGGGGGCCCGCGGGAGAAGGUCCGCUGUCUCUUCGUGAACGUGGUGCACGCGGUGUCCCUGUAUGGGUCACCUCUGUGGGCGGAAGUCGCAGCGGGGGCGGGCGCACGGAGCAAGUUCGGUUUGCUCCGCGUGGCCCAAAGAGUAGUUGCCUUCCGCGUGAUACGCGGCUUCCACACCGUAGCUACGGAGACGGCGGGCGUCUUGGUGGGGAUACCUCCCCUCGCCCUCUUUGCACAAAUGUACUCGGCGAGAUAUUCUCGCCGAGUCGAAUUGCUGCAGGAGGUCGUGGAGAGAGACGGUCUCCGGGAGGCCCUCGCCAACGCGAAGCGCCAAGCCUGGCGACAGCUGCUCCAAGAUUGGGAGCAGCGCCUGGAGGAGCCGCGCGCGGCCGUCCAGACAAUCGUCCAGGUAGUCCGGCCCUACCUCCAAAUGUGGCUAGAACAAGGGGCCGGACGUCUCACCUACCGGAUGACACAAGUGCUCACCGGGCACGGCUGCUUCGGUGAGUACCUGUGUCGUAUAAAGAAAGAGCCGACGGCACAGUGCCACGAGUGCAGGGCGGUUAGCGACUCGGUGCGGCACACUGUGGAGCACUGUCCACAGUGGGCCAAUAAGCGCCGGGAGCUGGUCGCCAAAAUAGGUGCGGACCUGUCCCUGUGUCUGAAGAGAGCGUUGGCCAGAGACAAAGACAAAUGA